UUGCUCUUAUCAGUACUCACCCAGUAAGGCCUCCCUACGCAGAAACCAAGAAGGCGGCAAUAGGGAGCGUUUGGGAAAGCGAAGUGAAAAAUACCGGUCAACUGUCCCCUAUAUCAAACAGUGGGACCAGAACCCAAACAAGACCAAACGAACCGCAACAACAGGAACAUCAUCAACGAAGAACAACUACACGAAAGAAGAAGAUAAUAGGUACUGAGUAGUAUCUGUUUUUGCGAAAGUUUUGAUUUUGCCCACAGGAAACCAUGCUCCAUGAUGGCCAAGAUCAUUCACCGAACCACUAGAAAGAUGUCUCAGCUCUGCCGCAAGUUCGUUCAGGUCGACGUCCGGUGGGGUGUCCUAAAAAGGGUAUCUUUCGUCGGCCAAUUUUUUCGUUUCAUUUGGAAUAGAAUUAUCGUUUGCUCCGUCGCCGGAAGGCCACCCCACUACCGGAAAUUACCGCUCCGGGACCCAUCGUCCUCUUUGCCUCUCGCCACCGACUCCGACACCUUCCUCGCUGCCGCCACUUGCGGCUAUGACUCCGACUCCGAUUUGGUGAACCUCAAGAUCAGCUUGUUGGGUGAUUGCCAUAUUGGGAAAACUACUUUUGUGAUCAAGUAUGUAGGGAAUGAACAAGAAAAGAUGAGUCUACAGAUGGAAGGAUUGAAUCUGAUGGACAAAACUUUGUCUGUUCAAGGAGCACGCAUUUCGUUUAGAAUAUGGGAUGUUGCAGGUGAUAAAAGGUCCCUGGAUCAAAUUCCCAUGGCUUGUAAAGAUGCAGUUGCAAUUUUGAUUAUGUUCGAUCUCACCAGUCGCUGUACACUAAAUAGUGUUGUUGGAUGGUAUAGUGAAGCAAGAAAGUGGAAUCAGAGUGCAAUCCCGAUUCUGAUAGGAACCAAGUUUGAUGAUUUUGUUAGACUACCCCCAGAUGUGCAGUGGACAAUUGUAACACAGGCAAGGGCGUAUGCAAAGGCAAUGAAGGCAACCCUUUUCUUUUCAAGUGCAACACACAACAUAAAUGUGAACAAAAUUUUCAAGUUCAUCAUGGCCAAGCUCUUUAACCUGCCAUGGACAGUGGAAAGAAAUCUGAGAGUUGGAGAACCCAUAAUUGACUUCUAAAUUGUCUUUACAUAGUUAUUUAUGUGUACAUAGCAGGGAAAAGGAGAAUAAAAAAAUAGAAUGAGAAAGAAAACAUGUCCAGUUUUUCUUAUUGACUAGGAAUCUAUGACUACCUAGGUACCUACAAAUUCCAUGUUUCAACGGGCCAUUUUGACUUCACUUCUGUAGAGAGUGAUAACGUGAGAUGUUGUGUCUCGGUUUUUCUGUCUAUCUUCCCCUGUUGUGGCUGAGGUCAAAGCCCACAGGCAUUCAUAUUUUUCCACCUCUACUUAUAAAGAAAGAGAAGUUCUAUUUCUGCA